AUGAAUAAGCGUUAUCCGGUGAAGAAGAGAGAAGAGAGAGCUGUGAAAAUGGUUUUCUGGUUUAUAAUAAUACUCCUAUUGUUACCAUUUCUCCUCCUCCGCCAGUACCGUCGGAAGCCACGGCAGCUUCCGCCAGGGCCACCAUCCUGGCCGGUGGUAGGCCACUUAUUUGAUCUCGGCCCGAUGCCACACCACACAGUGGCUAAAUUCGGUGAAAAAUACGGCCCCGUUAUUUGGCUCAAGCUCGGCUCAAUCAAUACCGUAGCAAUCAACUCGACAAAAGCGGCGAUGGAUCUCUUCAAGAACCACGACGCCACCUUCUCCGACCGAGCCAUCCGCAACUUAAUGCGGGCUCAAGAUUACCACAAUAGUUCGGUCGCCAUAGCCCCGACCGGCCCAUAUUGGCGAACGUUGAGACGGAUAAGCGCGAUGGAAAUGCUAACUGUAAAACGAAUCAACGAGACCGUCGGCGUUCGUCGGCGGUGCGUUGACGGGCUAAUGAAUUGGAUAGUAACCGAGAUCGAAACGGGUCGUGCACGAAACGGGGUUCAUUUGGCUCGAUUCGUGUUCUUGACAUCGUUUAACUUGCUUGGAAAUUUGAUGGUUUCAAGGGACCUAGUGGAUCCGGAUUCGAGCGUUGGGUCGGAGUUUUAUGGGGCUAUGACGGGUUUGAUGGAGUGGACGGGUCACCCGAAUAUGGCGGAUGUGUUUCCGGUUCUUGGGUGGUUGGAUCUUCAGGGGCUUUGGAGAAAUAUGAAUAGAGAUUUGAAGAAGGCAAUGGAGAUAGCCGGCGAGUUUGUGAAGGAACGUGUAGAGGAGAGGCGGAGGCGGCAGCUGCAGCAGGCUGUAGCCGGCGAUGAUGACGUCAUCGACGGGAAGAAAGACUUUCUUGAUGUGCUUUUGGAUUUUGAAGGGAAGGGAAAAGAUGAGCCAUCUAAAUUGACUCAACAUAACGUCGUCACAUAUAUUUUGGAAAUUUUCUUAGCAGGAUCAGAAUCAACCAGUAGCACAAUCGAAUGGGCAUUCACAGAGUUAUUAUGCAGCCCGGGUGACUCGAUGUCCAAAGCCAAGACUGAACUCUUCAAAGUUCUUGGUGACAGGAAAAUGGAAGAGGCCGACAUCGAUAGCCUCCCAUACUUACAAGCCGUGGUAAAAGAAACACUGCGUUUACACCCACCUAUCCCGUUUCUAGUUCCUAGAAGAGCCAUAGAAGAUACUACUUUCAUGGGGUACGAUAUACCCAAAGGCACACAAAUGUUUGUUAAUGCAUGGGCAAUCGGAAGAGACCCUGAAUCUUGGGAAAAUCCGAAUGUUUUUCAGCCAGAGAGGUUUUUGGGCUCGGAUAUUGACUACAAAGGGCAACAUUAUGAGAUGAUACCGUUUGGGGCAGGGCGAAGAAUGUGUGCAGGCGUGCCAUUGGCCCAUCGGAUGUUGCACCUAGUUCUGGGAACGCUACUUCAUGAGUUUGAUUGGGAGCUUUGUAACGGGGUGACAAGCGCAAAUAUCGAUUGGAAGGAAAGAAUGGGGGUCACUGUGAGGAAAAUGGAACCUCUUUUGCUGAUACCGAAGAAAUGCAAUGUAGUUUAAUUUGUUUUCAAAUAAUUGAUAUAGUGAUCUGAGUAUUUCUAUAUUUCAUGCAUAUGCAUAAGUUAAUGUUAUCUCUUAAUUACAAUAAAUAUUGAUUAAAACAUAUUUAUUAAA